CAGAGCCUCUGGUGCAGGAUCUUAGCGUGCGUCUCUUGUGCUUGGUCUGACACGCCAAACUGCGACAAGAUACCCUCGCAGUUCAUAAAAUCCUUUUAAUGGCAGGAAGUUUUGACAAUAGGUUGCCAUCACACCUUCUCGGCGAAGGACAAACGAAAUGGAUCAGAGAAAAUCGUUCUCAAAGCAUGCAAGGCAGCUCGGAGCGGAUGUCGACGUCAAACUACGGUCCGGAUGUCCAAGCAAAUGACAACCUCUUUGAUAGAAAUGCUGAUUCUAUACCAGGAGAUGUUCGUUUAGAUCCCUCCGAAAUUCCUCGAGCUCAUGGACAGACAGGAAAUACCCGUCAUGAGGAUCUUCAGCGUCAGAGCGUUUCAUUCUCCAGACCGCGGGAGACAAAUCAUUCGAAGUACUGCGAUUUGCAAGGACGUGCAAAUGGUGACACGGAUACAAAUGACGCCUCUGCCACACAGCGCCAACAAUCACAAGCCCAUGACACGGAUCACGACAGCGAUGAGCUGGUCUCGUCGUCUAAGAUUACAACUCAAGGACAUCGGACGAGAAAAAGCUCAAGACUCUCGUCCAGGCAAAGUAUUUCGCAAGACCUAGCACUGAUCGACUGGUCUCAAGAGAAGAGGAGCAUGCUUCUGACGGCCGCCUCAAGAAGUAGGUUUUCCAGGCAAGACGAUGAGACAGAGAAGCCAGCGAGCUUCGUUCCGCGGACGCUGGAGGUAGUUUUAAUGAGAAGAAUGACGAGUAAAUUGAACGCAACUAUCAGGUACAUAGACAUCAUGAUCCUGCAAACGAUACGGGACGAUCGCUUCGUGCUCGCCAUAGUGAAGGAUCCAGACGAUGUGUCGGACAUGAAAAAUAAUGACUACUUGCUUCGGGUGAAGCUGACAUUCAACUGCGUACCGAACCCAGCUAAUAACUACAUGGCGGGUUACUUGGCAGAGUUCAGAGCCCGCGGCCGGCUUUACCAGUUCAGAUCGAAACACAACGAGUUCAAAGUCAGAGGAGUGAUUUCCCAAUGCUUCCUCACCCGAACAGUCUGAAACUCUGGAUCUCUAGAAUCAGUAUCGUCUGUGAUGGACACAUUACCGACCCUCCUUCCUCCCUCCAGAGAAACCCUCCCACUUUCUGCUGAGAUCCACUCUCCAGAGCGCUAUGCUCUCACCAACGAAAGGAAAGAGAUCAACAAGGCUUUGGAUAUCACGGUCUCUUUGUCUCCCGAUGCGAACAAGCAUGCAUUGAAAUCAGAUCCAGGUUAUGACGAUUCUAUCUGGCAUAGAAGUCUGCGUCUACAUCUCUCGAAAGGUCCCCUUUCUGGUGCAACACUUUCUGCUUCAAAUUCAGUGUCAGUUGGCAUUUCCCCCAGUACCUACUUCUCUUUUCUACUAGCUCUAGACUUGUCUUAUCGUGGAGUCAGAAGGACGUGGUCAUGUGAAGGUUUCGGAACUCCUCCUUCCGAUCUCGGAUUUUCCCAGAGUGAUGACGCUCCACUGAGGCAAAUGUGAGAGAUAAUCGGUAUACCAUGAGAGAGAAGUACACGGCUAUGGUUAAAAGGUCUCCCCUUAUGUACAUUAAACCUCAAUACCACCUUAAAGUGAUGGAUGA